UACAGUUUUUUUUUUUCACAAAAUGAUCGAAUUGUGGACUUUUGCACUUUAUAGUAUCGAUCACGAAUAGCAAAAAAAAAUUUUUGAUUGGAAACUACUACAGUAAAAACUAUUGCCUAAAAAGAUCCUUAUCGCAAUUUCUUUCGCACUGACUGAAAAGAGUAUUUUUUUGAUAAUAUCUCUAUACUAAAGGAAAUGUUUUGCAAUACUAUUACACGUAAUUUAUCACGCACAAAUAUCUUGCACCGUUGCAAAAGUACCUUAGUGAUAGCAGAACACAAUAAUGAAGUUCUUAAUCCAAUUACACUGAAUACGAUGGCGGCGGCCAAAAAGAUCGGUGGCGAUGUUACAGUUUUGGUGGCAGGCACAAAAUGCGGCCCUGCCUCGGAAGCUGUUGCAAAAGUGGAAGGGGUUGGCAAAGUGCUGGUAGCCGAAAAUGCUGCUUUUAAAGGCUUUACACCAGAAUCUCUGACUCCAUUGCUGUUGGCUGCUCAAAAUCAAUUUAAAUUUACACACAUUUUAGCUGGCGCUACAGCUUUUGGCAAAAAUUUACUGCCGCGUUUAGCAGCCAAAUUAGAUGUUUCACCUAUCUCCGAAAUUAUUGAUGUAAAAGCCGAGGACACAUUUGUACGUACUAUAUAUGCAGGCAAUGCUAUUCUAACAUUGCGCUCGAAAGAUCCCGUUAAAGUCAUAACGGUGCGUGGCACUAAUUUUGCUGCAGUAGCUGCUGCUGGAGGCAGUGGUAAAAUUGAGAACGCACCAUCGGGUGAUUUCGCAAAUUCUCUUAGUGAAUUUGUAAGCCAAGAACUCACAAAAUCUGAUCGACCUGAAUUAACCAGUGCCAAAGUAAUCGUUUCCGGCGGUCGAGGCUUGAAAUCAGGAGAUAACUUCAAAUUAUUGUACGAUUUAGCCGAUAAGUUUGGAGCAGCCGUAGGUGCUUCGCGAGCUGCUGUUGACGCCGGCUACGUACCCAAUGAUUUGCAGAUUGGACAAACGGGUAAAAUAGUAGCACCUGAAUUGUAUAUCGCCGUGGGAAUAUCGGGCGCAAUACAACAUUUGGCUGGCAUGAAAGAUUCAAAAACGAUUGUAGCUAUCAAUAAAGAUCCCGAAGCACCUAUCUUCCAGGUUGCUGACGUAGGGUUGGUUUCAGAUUUGUUUAAAGCAGUGCCUGAACUGACACAAAAAUUGUAAAAGUGCAUCCUAUUAUUGUAAGUUGAAGUCAUUAUCGAAGUGGUAUAAGUGUGUAAAUAGCAUUUGAUUGAUUAAAAAAAUAUAUAAUAAAUAAAAAAUUGCUUAAAUUAUUUAA